AUGGCCUGCUUCAUCAUCCAUGCCUACCGCGCCUCCAUCCCCUCCCCUCCUGUGUCUCCCAUCUUUUUCUUCCUGUCCUCCGUCACCAUGCAGUCGCGGCAAUACUGCAGGAAACCACAGCCGCCACCCCAUCCGCCUCGGUGCUCCUCCGCUGGCGCUGGUGUGCCACAGUCCGGCACAUAUGCGGCUUUCAUAUCGUCGUCAUCACCGUUGCCCAGUCCUGCCCUAACACCACAGCAUCUCCAUCCCUCAGCGAGUAUGCAGCCUCUUGGCAUCCCCCGCCAGGGCGGCGCGCCUGCUGCAUCAGCUCUUCCGCCGCCGGCUGUCUCUCCGUCCCUUUCUCUGCCACCGGACACCACCGUGCUUUCUGUCCACUCGGGCGCCUCUGGCAACAUCUCCCGUAUCGGUGUUCGCGACGUCGCUGAGCUCGUACGCCACCUUGCCGAGUCCCGCUAUAUGACCCGGCAACUGCAGCAGCGCGUCCAUCAGAUGGAGUCCUCCAUGCAAACAGCAGCAACAGACGACUCCACCGUGAGCGACGUUCCCACGCAGCAACGCACCACAGCCGCAGCGCAGGCGGCUGGCGAGCGCCUUGCAACGAGUGGUGAGACCGAUGCCGCCACCGCCGCUGAGCAGGCGACGCCUCUUCAUUACCCUAAUCAAAGGAUGGCGACGAGAGAGAGGCGGCAACGCACCUCCAACGCGCGAGGUGGGGAGUGGGCGCGCACGGCAACCCGCGCCUCCGCGAAGGCGGCGAAGAAGACGAGGAGAGUCUUUGCAGCUUUUCCUCGAUCUCGGUCGCGUGACUCCCUCUCUCCGCGCACUCCACAUCGCUGCUCCUCUACAACGUCGUCCGCGCCAGCCACCGCAUCGACCACUGCAUCCGCAACCACCAGCAGCCUGCCGUCCACCAGUCCAGCCAGCUCCAUCGCCGAGCUGCCAGCGCGUUGUGUGUCCCCUUCUCCGUCAUCACGGUGUGCGUCGAACGGGGUCUGCUCCACUACACCCCCGAAACACGGGCGGCACACAGCAUCACAAAGACCAUAUGGGUCUCGACGAACGCACUCGGCACGAGAGAGGCCAAGGCAGCGGCCGCAUUCUUCGGCCCCCACUAACUGUCGCGACACCGCCGCCGAUAUGCCUCGCAAACCGGGGAUGCAGCGCCGCAGGGGCAGUGCCGAGCGCCACCGAACACAUAGUCGUUCGCAGAAGCGCCGCCAUCACAGAGCGCGCGGCAGCCACGAUAGCACGUUGACGGCAGGGAGAGGAGAUGGAGAUGCAUGUGCGGAAGCGCACGCGGCGUCUGCGUCACUGUCCCGCCACUGCCCACGCACCUCAGCGACCGAGUCGAGGCGGCAUCGCCGCGUCAAACGCGCUGCCGCACAGACAAGGUACCGCGUCUGCUUUUCCAGCUUGCCGCCUCCGCCAGCCGCGUUGCCUGCGCCGGACCAGAUGCGGGGCUCAUCAUCGACGAAGGUAGAGGCGCUUGUGUGGCAGAGGCGCUACUACGAUUUACUGGCCCGGUACACGGAGGAGACGACGCGGCGGGAUGCGGAUCUGGCCGAUAUCCACGAGAUGAUCGAGUAUAUUAGCUGGGAGCAAGACCGACCUCGGCAUUGCCACCGUCAGCGGCACCACGCGCGGACUGCGGAGGAUGAGGCAGAUGGCGGAGGGUGUCCGCCUUCACAAGUUGAUGCAACACCUCACGGCAGCGCGCGAAGUACCGCGGAUGCUGCUCAUGCCGCAAGCGACGAGCACGCUGUAGCGACACCACAGGCGGUCGCUCACACGCCCAACAAUGGCACCAUGCGCACCAAGGCCGAUGACGGCGGCCCCGGCGGUAACGCCACCGCGAGUGAUGCGGUGGCCCCUGUACACGACUCUCUGGAGUGCAUCGAAGCACUGCGUUGUGAGGCGGACGCGUGGCGACAGCGCUGUCUUGCCCUCCUCCAACAGCAGCAGGCGCUCCAACAGCCACAGCAGCGGCUAGGCGGAGAGGUGACGUGGGUCAGCGACACCUCUGUCGCGCCGUUGCCACCGCGGCCUUCGUCGGUGGUGGCAGGGCGGUCACCACUGGCACUCGGCACUGGGCCCAUCUCACGUCAGGUAGAGUUGCUCAUGAGCACGCAUACAUCCACCACGGCGGACGAAGGAGCUGGUGUCAGACCUGGGGGUGGGGACGGUGAGUGUGAAGGGGAUGCCUGCACUGCAGCAGCGCAUCUCACCGAGAAUGCCGUGCACGGCAAGGCGUCGCCGCGAGCGCUGCCGAGCCACCCCUCAACGCCAGCGCCUAUGGCUGCGCAGACACCGCAGUGCUCAUCACCAAGUACCACUCCAGUAGCAGCGGCAGGAGACGCAUCUUCACCGGGCCUCCAGCUGUACCAUCCGUACGCUCCGCCACGCCUGGCUACCAGCUCACACGUCUCCCCGGUAGGGGCGGCGAACUUCGACUCAGGUUUUCCGACGCCACCGCUGCCGUCGCGUGCGCGACAACCAGCGCAGCCCGCAGGCGUCGCGCCGUCGCCGCCAACGGGCUUUCCCAGUCCUAUGGCCUCUCCCUUGCACACCGCACCAGUGAAGCCACCUCUAUUUGUGGGUGUGCCUGGGUAUCAGCCGCUGAGCACACGCCACGGCUCGUGUGCCGCCUGGCCGAGUCAGGCCUUUCCAGCGUUACUCCCGUCAGGUAACGCUCCGCCAUACGGCACCAUCGUCGGCUACACUUUUCCUGCCACCACUUCAGUCUUUUAUGGUGCCCCGUCCUUCGACGUGAGCGACGCCUCCGCGUGGGGAGACGUGACGAGAGGUGGGGCACCGCAGGGCCGCGGACAUGCAGCCAGCAGCACGUCCCCGUGGUCGAUCGAUGCGACUUUUGAGCAACAGCGUCAGAGUAACCUGCCAGUUUCCUGUCCCAGCACCGUACCCGAGGCGCUCACGCCAUACCCGAGCGCUUCCUCCCUCUUCCACGUGCCACCUCCUCCGUCUUCGUCCAUGACCGCCGAGAUUGUGGGUGCGCGUGAGCAACUGGAGCGCGAUAUUCGUCGACAUGACCAGCUGCUGGCGGCGAUUGGGAAGCUGCAGAGGACGGCAGCCGAGCACGCCACGAGACGCGGGCUCUAA